AUGAAUAUCACAUGGGUUAUGAAAUACCCAACGGGCCGCGAGAAAGGGCGAAUCCUGACCGUUGAUAUGGGCGGGACCAAUCUGCGUGUAUGUGACGUGUGUCUCUCUGCAGGGAAGAGGGAUUUCGAACAGAUCCAACGCAAGUACAAGCUUCCGGAAUCAGUCAAGACAGACACCAAAGAAGUAUUGUGGGAGUUCAUUGCGGAUCGCAUCGCCUCAUUUCUGAGUGACCAUCACCCUGGCGAGAAACCGAACAAACCGCUGCCACUGUCGUUCACAUUUUCCUUUCCCGUCGACCAGAGGUCUAUUCGCAGUGGGAUUUUACAACGCUGGACGAAGAACUUCAAUGUCCCUGGGGUAGAAGGAAAUGACGUGGUACCCCAGCUGGAGGCAGCACUGAAAAGAAAGAAUGUCCCUGUAACAGUAGUCGCAUUGCUCAAUGACACGGUAGGCACACUGGUCGCCUCGCAUUAUCGAGACCCACAGGUAAAGAUGGGCAGUAUCUUCAGUACCGGAUGUAAUGCCGCAUACAUGGAAGAAUGUCGCAAGAUUCCUAAACUCCAAGACGCAGGGCUGCCCGAAGAUGCCACUGUCAUCAUCAACACCGAAUACGGGGCUUUCGAUAACGAACGUCAGGUACUGCCACUGACCCCCUUUGACCAUCAAAUCGACAAGCAGUCUGCCCGUCCGGGGACUCAAAUCUACGAGAAAAUGGUGGCGGGGCUAUACAUAGGCGAGAUGCUGCGACUGAUGAUGUUGACGCUGCACGAGAAGGGUGUACUCUUUAAAAAUCAAGAUGUCACGAGACUUCAGACCGAGAACUCCCUGGAGGCGUCAUUUCUAUCCAUUGCUGAGAUGGACCUUUCCGAGGGACUGCAGGAUAUGAGGGAAGAAUUCGAGGAGAAUCUCGGCUUGGAGCCCACGCUGGAGGAGCUGAAGACUUGCCGUUAUCUUAUCGGGCUGAUCGCGACGCGUGCGGCGCGUCUCUAUGCCUGUGGCAUUGCGGCCAUUUGCAAGAAGAUGAAUAUGCGGCAGUGCCACGUCGGAGUCGAUGGUGCAGUCUUCAAUAAAUAUAGUAUGUUCAAGGGUCGAGUUGCUCAGGGGCUUCGAGAGAUUUUCGAUUGGCAGCCUGGCGAGGUGGAUUUAAUUGCUCUCAACGCGGCAGAGGAUGGAUCUGGCGUGGGAGCAGCCUUAGUUGCGAGUUUAUGUCUUAGCGAGGAAGAAUUAGGGCCAUGUUAG